GUUGUGAAGAGGAGAAGAGUGAGGAAGCAAGAGCGAGGAAGAAUAAGGAGAAAUGGUGGAUUGAAAGGACGAGAAGUAGAGGAGGGAAAGAAAACCGCGGAGAGAGAGGAGAGAGAAAGAAGGAAAGAGAGAGAGGGAGAACAAGAGGAAAGACCGAGGAAGAGGAGAAACAGUGAGGAAGAGAAUGAUAAACGAGAACAAAGAAGAAUCUGAGUUUGAGAAGUGUUGAAAAGGAGGAAAAAGACUACGAGGAAAGAGGAAGAAGAGGGAGAAGAAAAGAGAGAAAGGAAAAGAAGAGCAGACAUAGUGAAAAACAGGAAUAAACGAGAGAAAAAUAGAUAAAUAAGGAAGAGAAGUUUGAGAGACUGAAAAAGAAGGACAAAAAGACGCGAGUAAAGAGGAAGAAGAGGAAAAUCAAGAGGAAAGAGGGAAACUAAAACAAAUUGACGAGUGAGAGAAAGAAAAGAAGAUUAAGGAAGAGAAGUGGUUUAAAGGAAUCAAAGAGGACAUCUGACAAAGAGGAAAGAGGAGAAAUCAAGAGCAAUGAAGAGGAGUGAUAUAUACAGUCUCUUCCUUGCUCUUCUUUCUAUUUUGUGUCCUUCCUCCUCCUCUUCCUCUUCCUCUUCCUCUUCCUCCUCCUCUUCCUUCACCGCCUCCAUCACCAAUGCGUCGUAUGAAGGGGGCGCUGGCGGGGUGCGAGGAGGCGUCUGGGGUGACCUGAAUGCUAUCUUGCGGAGGGAUAGCGAGACGAGGUGCUCCGUGGCGGUCGUGACGGAGGGCCGGAGUGGUGCCUUGAUGCCGGCCGUAAAGCAGAUGGGGGGUGCUGGGGGGGCGGCAGCGGCUGGGUGGUCAUUAUUCGAGGCGGGAACGACCUGUAACCAUGACAACGCGACUUCAACGACCUCUCACCUGGCGAACGUGCUGCGAAGAGUGAGACAGGUGCGGCGGCGGUCCUGGUGCCUCACGGUUAUCAUUCUCGUGACCGCAUCAUGCCCGCGCCUCCUCGCUCCCUUGGCCGCGGCGAGCGAGGGCGUGCGGUUGCUGGCAGGGGACACACGCCUCUUGGUAGUGACGCGCAUGGCCCCCACCCUCCUGCCGCCGCUGCUGGGCCGACACUGGGUUUUCAGGAUGGCCAACACGCUUUUUAUGAACCUGAGGGAAUCGGACGCAGAGGACAUGCAUGGGGUGGGUGUAUACCUCUACCGACCUUACGAUAGGGAGGGGCCCGGUAUGACGAAGGUGGGGGAGUGGGAGGGGACGCCGGGUAUCAACUCCUCCUCCUCCUCCUCCUCCUCCUCCUCCUCCUCCUCCUCUUCCUUCCUCCACCUACACCGCCGCCUCCACCUCCUGCAAGAUAAGUUUUCCGACUUCCACGGGGCCGAGGUGCAGGUGACCGCGAAGCCCUUCCCCCCGUACUGGCUGGAGGGGGACGGGGAGGCUGGAAAGGGCGGCCACCACGGGACUGACUACCUCCUCCUCGACGCCGUGGCCUCAGCACUGAAUUUUACCAUUAGUGUCCUGCCUACCGUGGACUGGGACGAGGUGACGCAGAAGGUUGAGCAGCGUCAGGCGCUCAUGGCCACGAUCAUCUACGCUGUGCUGCCGGAGCGCCUCAAGCGGUACGACUUCUCCUACCCCUACGAGUACGCCUCCCCGACCUUCUGUAUGACCAAGCCCGUUCUCGAGCCGCAGUUUCUCAGUCUCUACUACCCGCUGGCCAAUGAGGUGUGGCUCUUCAUCCUCUUCGCCCUCUUCCUCGUCCCCGUCAUCUUGGUACAGAUGAUCCGCGUCCUCAACCAGCAAGCCACCCCAACCCCUCGCAUGUCUUCCUUACUGGGGGAGGUGCUACGGACACUCCUGGGCCAAGAUCUGACCCAGGAGGGGAAGAAGCUGAAGGUCGCAAGGGGGCGGUUAGUACUCGGCGCCUGGCUUCUGUUCGCUCUUGUCAUCGGGUCAGCCUACCGCGGGAACCUGACGGCGUCCCUUACGAUACCGAAGUACCCGCCGCGCCCCGAGACUUUGGUGCAGCUGGUACAGGUGGUGAGGAAGGUAACAAUGCCUCCCUAUGGCGCGCAGUUCAAGGAUUUCUACAGCCAGUCGGACAGCCAGGUAUAUAAGGCCUUGGCGCAGCGCAUGGAUCUCGUGGGCUCGGCAGAGGAGGGACUCACCCAAGCUAGUGACAAACAAGCUCACAUCCAAGUCAGACGCUACCUCGAGCUGGUAAUCGCGGAGAGCUUCACAUUGCGGGACGGGAGCACCGCGCUGUACCUGGGCCGGGACAGCGUGUUUCCGGGACUCUCCGCCUGGCCCCUGCCCCACGACGCCCCGUACAAACCCAGACUGGACCGCUGCAUCAUGGCUGUUAAGGAGGCUGGUCUAUACGAAAAAUGGAGCAAGGACGUGAUGGCAGAGGCAAGGAAGAGAGGGAAGGAGAGAAGAGAGAAGGAGGAGGAGGAGAAAGGAAAUGAGAACAAUGAGGAAGAGAAAGGAACAGAAGGGUCACUCAUACAAGCCCUCUCUCUCACCCAUCUUCAAGGACCCCUCUUUGUCCUCUUCCUCGGCCUCCUCUUUGGCGGUUUCCUCUUCAUUGGGGAGUGCAUAGCGAUACGACUGGACACGAGAGGAAGAGAGAAUUUGAAGUAGUAGGCCUAUAAGAAGAAUUAGAGUCGAGUAGAAGAGUCUGAAGAUUACUAAAUUUGGGGGGCGAGGUGAAACUGUUUAGGGAAACUGUUUUAUUUUAGUCGUUCCGUUGAAGUGCUGUUUUUAUUCCUUUGUUUCUGGGUCAGUUUCUUUUAGUUCAUUAAUUCUAGUUAGUAAGUUUGUUCUCUAAAAUGCAAUAAUAAAAUAC